AUGGCAGAAAAUUUCAAACGCCAAUUAGAAGCUAUUGUUGAAGAUAAUGAAAACGAAAACGAAGUUGAUGAUUUAUAUGAAGCACAAAAAAUUAAUGAAACAAGUGAGUUAAUUAAUUGAAAAACUUCGUAUAGACUAGUUAUUUUAGACAGAAUUUCAAAUUUGAAAUCAACAGAAUUUUGGUUUUUUCAAAGACCAGUUUUACAACCAUUAUUUUCCAAACUUCAAACUAUCUCUGAGGAAGAAGAAGAAGAAGACGAAUAUAAAGCUGAUGAUAAUGAAAAGAAAAACGAGGCUGAAAAACAAUAA